AUGGAACGGUCGCCUAGAUUUUAUAGCCUACCUCAACCUACAGAAAAAUUCCAGGUAGUAUUGCUUCUUAGAGGAGAUAGUACUUUGCAGAGUUGGAUGCUCCUGCUUUUAGGGUAGUGAAUGAAUGAAUGAUGAAUUCACACAACGUCAAAUACUACUGACACAACUGGACUUAAGCCUUUGAAAUAGCCUGCUCCAGGCUCUCACCAUGAAUCAUGUCCAUCUAACGAACUUUACUGACUAUUUUGUAAACAUUUCGAGACAUUCAAUUCAUUUCAUCAAUUAAUUUCAUCAUGCUUCGAAAGGAGAGACAAACUUGUCUCUGGAAUAACUAAUCCGACCGAAUGAAAAGUUAAAAAUAUUUAAGUAAUAUUGUUGUUGUUGUUAUUAUUAUUAUUAUUAUUAUUAUUAUUAUUAAUUUUAUUUUAUUUUAUUGUUUUCUUGUCUCUUUUUUUAGAAGCGUUAUUUUAAAUAAAAAAAAUCAAGAAUUGGAUAACUCGAACCUUCAAGGGAAAUCGAAAAAAGUUCGAGUUAUCGGGAGCUAGAAGAAAAUAGCCGAGAGUAAGGUAAAAAACAGUUUUUACUGCACAGUGAACAUUUUAAUCAUAUUUAAUUGUAGAAAUGUCAAGUGAAAAUUAAAAGAUACUUCUAGAUUAUAAAUCAGAACGUAACGCAACAAAACAUAGCCUAAAUAGAGCAUGCGUUUUACUGUUUUGAGAAGUAAAGCUGCUUCACGUUAGCCUGUGACAAUCAACAUCAGCCUCCACUACUAUACUUCUACAACACGUUAAUAGGAAAUCCAAAAUUCAUUGUUUCGGACAACAGAAGAAGGCUUUUUUCCCGAUUUUUUAAGGGCUCAAAACACGGUUCGAGUUAUCGAGGGUAAAAUUAUAUAGAAAAUGACCUGAGGGGAAACGAAAAUUGGUUCGAGUUAGCGGGAGUUCGAGUUACCGAGGGUAAAAUUACAGUAAAUGUAUGACGGAAAUCCAGGGGAAAUCGAUUUUGGUUCGAGUUAGCGCGAGGUUCGAGUUAGCGAGGGUUCGAGUUACCUGGAGUCGACUGUAUAUUUAAUAACAAGCUCUAGUUUCAUCAGACGCAAGGUAGAUGUUGUGGUUCAAUUUUUUCUACGGUUUAAAUUUUAUUUCCCUUUGUUACAAACUCAUUAUUAUGCAUUACCAUACCCCAAAACGAAGGGAAAUAAGAUUUAAACCAAGGAUAAAAUUAAACCACAACAUAAAGAUUCUUACGAGAGGCCUCCGCUGCAGCGGCAGUUUUCACGGUUCUUUUGUGACACACGGCGUUAACAUUCAUCAAGUGGGUGUCCUGUGGCAUGCUUGUGAUGCUUAGCGUUCUAUUUUAUGUUUACCAGAUGAAUCAUUCUCCAGAAUAUGACGUUGCAGUUAUUGGUGCUGGGAUUUCUGGGAUUGUUACUGCAAAGUGCCUUUUAGAUGACAAGUUCAAUAUUAUUGUUUAUGAGAUGAGUGACCACGUUGGAGGACUGUGGCAGUUUACGGAGGAUGGCUAUGGAGUGAUGAGAUUUACCACGAUGUAAGAAGUAAUCAUAAGUUAAAGAUUUACCUUUAAUUUUUGAAACGUUAUAGGGACAGGUUGUUCUGAGCCGAUUCACAACUUUGUUUUUAACUUGCAAAAGUUGCCUCUUCCUUGCUGUGAUCAAAAGAAAUAGAGAAAGAAAUAGAAAAUAAAUUUUGAAAACUCGUUUGUAAACACUCAGGACUGAAAAGAUAAAAUUCUCGGAUGUUCACCAUUUGUCAUGCAUUUAUUUGAUACAAGAGCCCUUCCUGGAUCACAGCACAAUAGAGUUGCAAGGCAGUCUCGUUCCCAGUCGUCCACGGCGAUUUCGGAUGUGACGUCACCUGACGUCACCUGUCAACCUGUCGGUCCAAUCCUCCUCCUCAAUCGGCUCGGAUAGCGCUAACUGGCCUGGGGACGAGGACUAGUUUCAGGCUUUUUAUUUCAGUCUACUGAAGGAUUUUUCGCUUCGAAAAGAUCUCAGCCAAUCAUAGCACCGCUAAUCUCCCUCUCAGCCAUUCUUUGCGUCGUCACGCAAUCCUUCUGAAGGAAAAGCGCUUUGCGUAAAUACAAAGAACUGUUGCGUAGAGUAGGAUUUCCAGUAAUGAUAGCAAAAAAAUUUCAAGAUAUUGGUCGGAAAGUCGCUCAACUUCAUCUUCGAGUGGAGAGUCAUUAUAGAAACUGGAAGAAGUGAUACCUCACUUGAGAUUCCAGCAGUGAAGAUCACAUCACAAAAGCGUUUGGCUGCAAAUGAUAAUUAAAGGAGUUAAAAGAAAUAAAUGACAUCGAAAGAUCGAGAUUGGGUGAAUAAGUGAAAUUCAUGUAUUCACCAUUUGAGUUGAAAGUCUAACUCGUUGACAUACGUAAUCGUGGCGGGACUAGGUGGCGCCGAGGGUCUGAAUGGGGGUAACUGGAUAACGCUUAUUUUGUUUGGCUCUGUCGCAUGACACUAGCAGCAAAAAAUUCGCUGUAACAGUUAAUUUUUUCCAGAAAGAGGUACAAACGCCUCCAAAAAGGCCAAUAUUACUUUGUUUAGAAUAUCAAGGAAUUUCUGCCAUGCUCCUACAAUUCUGGAUUAUUUCAGAAGAUUCUCGAAGACUGCCAAAGAUUUCCGAAGGCUACCGAAGAGGUACGAAGAUUGCCGAAGAUGUCCAAAGAACCCUCCGGAAACUUUCUCCGGAAACGGUAAAUGUUAAAAUUGGCCAAUUUAAUAGCGAACACUGAAAAUUAUGAGCAAAUAACACUAAACACUAAACCCUAUUCAGACCCUUGGAGCCUCCAGGAUGAUGACAGGACGGUUGUUUUAUAACUUAUUACUCAGCCUACUAAUGUUGAAUGUUCAUAUAUCACUUGAAAUGAUUAGGAAUCCUUUUAACAGGGUUGCCUCCAAACAGAACGACUGCUUUUCCGACUUUCCAUUCCCUGAUCAUGUUCCUGAUUACCCAAGCCACACACACAUGGCAGAAUAUAUCAAAAGUUACACCAAGCAGUUUGGUUUGGAGAAGCACAUCUGUUUUAACACCAAGGUGGUCAAGAUUGAAAAAGUAGCAGAGGGAUGGAAAAUGAUUACAGUCGAAGUCGACAACAAAGGCAAGCAUAAGUCCGAAUACAAGGAGACAUUUGUGAAGUUUGUAGCCAUAGCAUCUGGUCAUCACGCAAAGCCAAGCAUCCCACAGUUUGAAGGCCAGGAAACAUUUGAUGGAAGAAUUUUUCACAGCAGAACUUAUAAAGAUGCCAUAACUAAUGAUCUAGUAGGGAAAAAAGUAGUUGUAGUAGGAAUCGGUAAUAGCGCUGUAGAUGUAGCGGUGAAUGUAACAGAGUUGGGAGGGGAAAAGCCCGUUAACAUUUCCUCGAGAUCGGGUGCAUGGAUUGUUCCUAAUUACAUAUUCGGGUUCCCUGCUGAUCAUUAUGCGACCCGCCUAUUUUUCUGGCUUCCUCGGAGCAUUUCCAGUUUUCUCUUUGAGUUUAUGAUUCAAUGUGUGACCGGCAGCCCAUGGCAGUGGAAACUAAAUCCCAAAAUGCAUGCUCGCCAAACACAACCCACUAUUAACUCGACAUUGAUUUAUCAUAUACAAAGACAAAAUAUUGUAGUAAGACCUAACAUUGCAGCACUUAAGAAAGAUAAAGUGAUCUUCACUGAUGGAUCUCAAACCACUGCAGAUGCAGUGGUUUGUUGCACUGGUUAUCAAAUCGAUUUGCCCUUUUUUGACAGCGACAUCAAAGAUCUAGUUGUCGAUGAAAGCACCAACCAAAUCAAACUUUUCAAAAAUGUUUUUGCACCAGACAUCGGCCCCUCCUUAGCAUUUAUAGGUUUGGUACAGCCCUCAUCUGGUGGUUUGCUAUCAAUUUCUGAAAUCCAGGCAAGGUGGUUCUCGGAGCUGUGUAAAGGCUCUGUCAAACUCCCCUCAGCAGAGAAGAUGCGCCAAAAAUUUGCGAGGGACAAACAGAGCAGUGAGGGUAUUUACUAUGCUUCACCAAGGCAUACAAUUCAACAAGACCCGAUGACUUACAAUGACGAGAUUGCAUCAUAUUUUGGUGCUAAGCCACAACUAUGGAAGCACCCUUCCUUAGCAUGGAAUUUAGUCGUUGGCAGCUGUGGGGCGGCCCAGUAUAGAUUGCAGGGGCCUCAUAAGUGGAAGAGGGCUAGAGAAGUUGUACGCUCUGUCCCGGUAACGCCCGUGAUGCACUACACCGCAUUGUUUUUGCUUUUGGGGUUACUUUUCAUCACAGUGUUCGUUUUCUAUAAAACAUUGUUUUAA